CCUGCUGGAUUCUGUAAUUGGGUUUUUCCCAGUAUUUAAAAUCAUUCUCAACUUUCCUUCACUAUUUUAUUCACUUGCUUUCAACUUUCCUCCAUCUCCUUAUCCCUGUCACUGCACAACACAUCUCAUAUAUACAACCCUAAAGUCCCUCCUCUCUCCUCAGCUCCCCCAUACCUCUGUUUUCUCUGUUUCUCGUCACAUUAUUUCCAGUCUGUGUUCUGCACCCACUUCCCCAUCUUUCAAUAGAACUGUGUGUGUUUCUGUGUGGUUUAAGAAAAAGUCUGGGUGGCCAUGGAUGUUGACAUGCUAAAAUCAUCAUCAUCAUCAUCAUCAGCAGGUGAUGAUCACCAUCAUCACAUAGACAUGAUGACAAUGAUGAUGCAAAUGCAAAUGCAAAUGCAAAAGCAGCAGUCUUCUGAUCACUUCUGUGACUCUUACCACAACAGCAGCAACCCCACAUUUCCAGAGAUAGAUUUCACUUGGGGAUCAAACUCAAACUCAAACAUCACCAACAACAUUGAAACAAUCUCAUCUCUCCCCAUUUUCCACAACCCAAAUGCAGUUUCUUCACAACAUUCACAGCCCACGUUGAUAAACCCUGCCUUGCCUUCCUCUGUUUCUUUCAUGGGAAACCAAAUUCAGGAGCCCCUCACCCCAAGGCUCAUCAAAACUAGCCCUCCUCCUACUUCAUAUGAGAAGAGAAAUUCCAUGGCUGCAAUGAGAGAGAUGAUUUUCAGAAUUGCGGCAAUGCAGCCAAUUCAAAUAGACCCCGAAUCGGUGAAGCCCCCGAAGAGGAGGAAUGUUAAGAUUUCUAAAGAUCCACAGAGCGUGGCAGCGAGGCACAGGAGGGAAAGGAUAAGCGAGAAGAUUAGAAUUCUGCAGAGACUUGUUCCUGGCGGGACUAAAAUGGACACAGCUUCUAUGCUAGAUGAAGCUAUACAUUAUGUGAAGUUUUUGAAGAAACAAGUGCAGACUUUGGAGAGGGCUGGGGCAGAUAGACCGAUUGGUGUUGGCUUCCAGGGGGCUGGUCAAUUGGGCAAUGUGAACUAUUCUGCUUUGUUGAGGCCUUCUCACUUGGUUGGGUCUAUGCAGAUGCUGAGAUGAUGAGAGAUUUGCUUUGAAAUAUCAUGUAUUGUUGUACGUUUGAUCGAUUAUUCGG